GGGUUGAGUUGGUCAAUCCAUUUCUUAAGAUCUGUUUAUAAUUUCUUGUGUAGAUAAACAAUGAGAAUAAAUAAGAAAUACGCACACCAGCCAUGGGUUAAUGUACUUGUAUAAAAAAAAUACUUUAAGGCCCAACAAUGGAUUUGUGCAAAUUAGUGAGGUUAUCUACACUCUAAUCCAUUUUCGGUUGCUUUUUUCUAAAAUUUACGCCAACAAUGCUGCCUCUCGUUGAAUACGGCAAAGAAUUUUGCCAAAAGCUCACUCAAAUCAAACUAUCUCGAAUCGUCAUUAUGGUCUUCAUAAUUUUAAUUUUAACGCCUCUUUUUACCCACUUUUACCUUUCAAACAUCGAAAGAAGUUCAAAUCAUAUCACACACGACGCCCAUUCGCAUUUAGACCUUCCUGAAGACCUCAACGCCAUGAAAGAACCAGAUUUGAGAAUCGGAGUUGAGGAAUUAAUUAGAAUUAAAGGCUCAGUUUUGAGCGAAUUGCGAGAUAUGGAACGCAAACGUCAAAAACUCCUUUUAGAAAUCCAGUCUUACACCAAAAACAUUGAAGAAUUAAAACAAGAACUCGCCCACCAGCAAACCAAUCUCAAUCGCUUGAAGAUCUCAGUGGAACAAGCGGAAGUGGCGCAACGGGAAGCCCUCCAACAAAAUACUCCAGACUUAGCCCUCCCAAAGCGCUUAACCGCCGACGAAAUCCCCCCAAUCCUCCCAUCACUCCCGCCAUCUCAGAUCAAAUUUUGCCGGAUGUUUUCCUGUUUCGACCAUUCAAGAUGCUCUUUGACUUCCGGGUUCCCGGUUUAUUUAUAUGACCCAGACCAGUUUCCGGUCAUGAACGACGGUUGGGACGUGGAUGGUUUCCUCAAGACAACACUGAAGCAAACGCUGGGAUACAACCCCCACCUGACGAACAACCCCAAAGAGGCUUGUAUUUUUGUUGCUUUGGUCGGAGAGGCGCUGAAAGAUGUCGACGACAUCAGCGAGAACGUGGGGAAUCACCUGAAUCUCCCCCCGUUGGACUCCAACGCCCUGAAACGGCUGCCCUACUGGGGUGGAGACGGCCGCAACCACGUUUUGCUUAAUCUGGCUCGGAGGGACCUCACCGCUGCCUCAGGGGAUGUUUUUUCCUCAGUUGACACUGGCAAAGCCAUCUUAGUUCAGAGCACUUUCUCGUCUCGGGUGUACAGGCCCGGUUUUGAUUUAAUCGUAUCGCCGGUUUUGGGGCCUCCAGGAGGCGAUGUCUGGCAAGAGUGUCCCCAAAUGUUGCCCGCGCGCCGCAAAUAUCUCUUGACGUUUCAAGGUGAAGUUAAGAGUACCAAAACCCAGACUCCUAACCCCUUACAUGGUGACGACACCGACUUGGAUCGAGAACACGCCGAACUCGAUAAAUUUAUAAUCGAGCAUUUAAAAGAGUUGGCCAAGACGAACACUGCCGACAAGUUCCUGUUUGAAUUCGAGUGCGUCCCCGCUAGCGACGAUAAUGUCAAUAUUGGGCCCCAAGACUGGGCUUUGUGCGGCACUGAUAGCUCUCGCAGGACCGUCCUAAGAGACUCCACCUUCGUGCUUGUUUUCGCUCCAACUUUCUCCGACUUGGUCACAACGACACUGUUACAGGCCCGGAUUUACGAAGCUUUGCGUUGUGGAGCCAUCCCUGUGAUUUUAGGUGGCGACCAAAUUCGAUUGGCUUACGAUGAAGUAAUUCAGUGGCGUAGAGUUGCAAUUUUUUUACCGAGAGCACGGAUCACGGAAUUACAUUUCUUGUUGCGCGCCAUGCCAGAUGAAGACGUUUUGUUAAUGAGACGUCAGGGGCGGCUCGUGUGGGAGCGCUACUUGGCCUCAGUACAAAGCACACUUGACACAAUCGUAGCAGUACUCCGUGAUAGGCUGAAUAUUCCUCCAAUCCCCAUAGACACAGUAGCGGCCAUUUCUGUGUUUAAUGAAACUUUCCAGCCGAUUCAAGUGACCGUUCCGGUGGAAACGGAACAAGAGGAGAGCUUAGGGCCUUUGGAGCCCCCUUAUAAUAGUCCCGCGUUUCGCCGAAAUUACAGUUUGGGGUUAACACAAGGACACGAGAUGUGGAACGACUGGGGAGACCCUUUCCGGUUGUAUCCAGCCCUCCCGACUGACCCUCUCCUACCGUCAGAUGCCAAGUUUAUGGGGUCAGGGCGGGGUUUCCGCCCAAUUGGUCAAGGUCAAGGGGGUGCAGGCAAAGAAUUCUCCGAAGCGUUAGGUGGUAAUAGCCCCCGGGAACAAUUCACAGUCCUCCUUCUAACAUACGAGCGCGAGCAAGUCCUACUUGACUCAAUUGCAAGGCUCCGAGGGCUGCCGUAUCUCAACUCGGUUGUAGUCGUAUGGAACUCGCCGAGGCCCCCCAGUCCUGAGCUUCGCUGGCCUGAUAUAGGGGCCCCUGUUCAUGUCGUCAAAGCCGCCCGUAACUCGCUCAAUAACCGCUUUCUCCCACUUGAUAACCUCCAAACGGAGGCGAUUUUGUCCGUUGAUGACGACGCCCAUUUGAGGCACGAUGAAAUUCUUUUCGGGUUUAGGGUCUGGCGAGAGCAUAGGGAACGCAUUGUGGGGUUCCCCGGUCGCUACCAUGCCUGGGAUAUCAACACGCAGAACAGCUGGCUGUACAACUCGAACUACAGCUGCGAGUUGAGUAUGGUUUUGACGGGGGCGGCGUUUCUGCACCGACAUUACUUACAUUUAUAUUGGAAAUGGUUGCCUCAAGCAAUCAGAGAUAAAGUGGACGAGUACAUGAAUUGUGAAGACAUAGCCAUGAAUUUUCUGGUAAGUCAUAUAACGAGGUUGCCGCCGGUUAAAGUCACCUCGAGGUGGACUUUCCGGUGCCCGGGCUGCCCUCAAAGUCUCUCCGAAGAUGAUACGCAUUUUCAAGAGAGACACAAAUGUAUUAAUUUUUUCUCACAAGUGUUUGGGUACACGCCGUUGCUUAAUACCCAGUAUAGGGCCGAUUCGAUUCUGUUUAAGACGCGUAUACCACACGAUAAGCAAAAGUGUUUUAAGUUUAUUUAGACAAUUGUGAUUUUGUACGUAAUUUCUAUUUAUUUUACUUUAAUGGCUGGAAAAACAAAUAGUAGCCACUGAACAAAGCUAUUAACUUAAUAAAAAAAAAUAAGUUUGUUUUUUCCAAUGGCAAACCCACCUGUUUUAAGUAAUUGUGAUUUAAAAAAAAUUACAAUUUUAAAGCAAAAUUUUAUAGGAACCUGUAAUCUAAAUACAUUUAAAUGUCAGUGAUAUUUAGAAAUGUAACGUGCCAUUCUGUUUUUAAUUGUAAAUACCUCUCUACUUCUUUUUUUUAUUGUACAUACGUCAUUUUUUAUUAAACGAUUAUAUUAUUA